CCCCCACCACCCUUCCAUUCCCUUCCGGUUCUUUGUAGCAGAAACUGCCACACUUACUGGAACAGCGCUGAUCAAUUUCAGUGUUUUGAGAUUGAUUAACUCGACCAGUAAGAUCUAAAAAUGAGUACUUUCACCAAGGACCCAGAAAAGCCUCAGGCUGAGCCUGCACAUGUCCAUAGGAUCCGUAUCACUCUCACCUCCAAGAACAUGAAGAGCUUGGAGAAAGUGUGUGCUGAUCUGAUCAGUGGAGCUAAGAGGGAGAAACUGCGUGUGAAGGGACCAGUGCGUAUGCCGACCAAGAUCCUGCGUAUCACCACACGUAAGACUCCCUGCGGUGAAGGUUCCAAGACCUGGGACAGAUUCCAGAUGAGGGUACACAAGCGGGUCAUCGACCUUCAGAGUCCCUCGGAGAUCGUCAAGCAAAUCACUUCCAUCAGCAUCGAGCCCGGUGUAGAGGUGGAGGUUACCAUUGCUGACUCGUAAACCACUCGUUUGUACAAUUGACUGAAUAAACUCUGGUUUUAUACAUUGA